AUGGGAUCUCUCAUUGAUUGCCAGCCCGAUGAUCGGCCAAGCGGGGCGAGGGGGCCGAUCCCCGUGGGGCUCAGGGGCGGCGAAGUGGUCACGGAGAUGGGGCUGUGCAUCCUGGGCGACGUCUGCGCACAAGCCUGCGUCAAUGAGGCGGCGUCGGCGGGCGGAGCGCUGGUGGUGGGCUUCGAAGCGGCGGAGGGCCCUACGGCAUGCGCGGACUUCUUGGUGGGAAAGCUGUACUUUGAGCGAUUCUUGGUCUCUGCUCGGUGCAAGCUGUGGUGGAUGACGCCAGAGUGGGGCAGCAAAACGCAGCAGCUACCCCCCGAGACACAGUUCAUGUUGGUUGAGCUGCAGGAAGGCGGCCCCUAUGCUGUGCUGCUGCCUUUGAUCGACAGGAACCACUUCAGGGCAACGAUCAGGCCGCCCAGGCCACCCCACUUUGGUCAGGAUCAGGAACUGAUCAUCAGAGUUGAAAAUGGCGAUGCGACCGUCAAGGGGAACAAGUGGGAGAACUGCCUCUACAUCGCUGCGGGCUGGAACCCCUUUGAGCUUGUGGAUCAGGGUGUGGCUGCAGCAGCGGCCAUCUCGGGAACCGCCAGGGUGCGGCGUGAGAAGCGCAUACCUGCCAGCCUGGACGCCUUUGGGUGGUGCACCUGGGAUGCCUUUUACAGCAGGGUGUCAGCAAGGGGAUUGGUGGAGGGUGUGACCAGCCUCCGCAAGGGGAACACGCCACCAAGGCUGCUCAUCAUCGAUGAUGGUUGGCAGCAAACGGAUGCUGACCCAUGGCUGAGGACCCCAUCCAAUGGAAAGCAAUCCCCUCCGAAUGCCCCUCAAGCACCACCAAGGGCAGUUGCAGGUGGGCCUGGCACCCUCGUGGCUGCCUCGGAGCAAAAGGGUCUUGGAGAAUUGGAGGAGCUGGAGGGCGAUGGGUCUAUGAACAUCACCACUGCUGCUGACGAAAAGAUCGACAUGGCUGCGGACGACAUCGCUGAGCGCCAAAACUGCUGGCAACGCUUCAUAAUCUGGUUCAUGGGGAUCCUGCAGGGCCUGAUUGUGUUCCUGUAUCUGAAGAUAAUCGACCCCGCUCCGCCAGGGUCGCUGAGAGUGCGGGCGUUCACUGCGCUUGCGAAUGGGCCCAUGAAAUACACCCUCCUCAAGUUUUAUGCUGCAGCGGGCGACUUCUCUCGCCGCCUGGUCUCUGUCAAGGCCAACGGGAAAUUCUCCUCCCCGGCCGCUGGUCCUGAACACCACGCCCUUGGCCACCAGGAACGCCUUGCCGAUGUGGUGGCCCACCUGCGACAGCACCUGGGCUUGCAGCACAUUUAUUGCUGGCACGGCCUGCCAGCAUACUGGAGCGGGGUGAUGCCAGAGGGGGAAGGUGUAACUAAGUAUGGGGCAAGGAUCGAAUAUGCAAAGCCCGGUGGGACGCUGUUGGAGAUUGAGCCAUCUCUGGCAUGGAACCCGUCGGUGCUGGGGGGCGUGGGUGUGGUGGACAGGCCUGAGGAACUCUACAAUGAUAUGCACAGCUACCUCAGUGAAGCAGGCGUCGAUGGUGUCAAGGUGGACUGCCAGGCUGGCGUUGGGCUCAUGGGCUCAUGCCUUGGUGGCGGACCUGCUUUAUCAAAGAAGUUUCAUGCAGCAUUGGAGAGCUCAGUGGCCAAAUACUUCCCAGGGAACCACUGCAUCAACUGCAUGUGCCACUCGACAGAGAAUAUCUACAGGUUUGAGAACACGGCUGUGGCCCGUGCCUCUGAUGAUUUCUACCCCACCAACCCUGCCUCCAUCACACCCCAUAUUGCAGCUUCUGCCUACAACUCCCUCUUCCUGUCGCCCUUAGUCAUCCCAGACUGGGACAUGUUCCACAGCGAGCAUGUGGGGGCGGACUUGCACGCCGCAGCUCGUGCUGUAAGUGGCGGCCCCGUGUAUGUGAGCGACAAACCAGACAUGCACAAUUUCGCAGUCCUGCGACAGCUGGUGCUUGCUGAUGGGUCGAUCCUGAGAGCAGAAGCACCUGGGCGGCCCACAAGGGAUUGCUUGUUUCGCAACGUGCUGAAGGACAAGAGGACACUGUUGAAGGUAUGGACCACCAACGCCUGCUCGGGCGUGGUGGGCAUCUUCAACCUGCAGGGGGCCUCCUGGGACCGCACCAUCCGCCAGUUUUGCACUCAUGACACCAACCCCUCCACCCUCCAGGCGCACGUCUGCCCCGGAGAUGUGGACUGCCUCCCUGCACGCGCCGCCACCACACCUGGCUUCAACGGCCGCUACGCUGCCUACUCCUUCCGUGGCAGGCUGCUGAGAGUGGGCGGGUCGGGGCUGUGCCUGCCCGUGCGCCUGGAGGCGCUCGGCAGUGAGGUGGUCUCCAUGGCCCCGGUCCUUGAGGCCCUUGGGGUGCAGUUCUGCCCCUUGGGCCUUUCUGGGAUGCUGAACGGGUCCGGCGCAGUGAUCACAUGCCGGAUUGGGUCAGGGGUUGCUUCGAUGAGUGGUGGUGCGGAAUUCGAAAUGGAUGUUCGGGGCCAGGGGGAGUUUUUGAUGUACGCAAGCAGGAGCCCGAGCGCCGUGUGGUUUGGAGCGGAGUCGUUGGCGUUUGAGUAUGAGCCGGAGAUGGGGGCGGCGACGGUGGUGCUGCCAGAGACGGUUCAGCCCGUGAACUGCCUCAAGGUGGCGUUCUGA